AUGCUGUUGGAUGCGGUGCAUUACGGGGGCUUCUUCGGCCGACAACUUCUCAGGCAGAGCGGCAGGUGGGCGGCGGCGUAUUUCUGCGCCACGUGGUCCAAGUCCAUUUGGCACAAUGAGCUCCCUUGUGCGUGGGCCGCCAUGACGAAAAGCAUUUCCCGCUGCAGCGCCUCCCUUGACUCCAGCAGUGUUGCAAUGUUUGCCGCCUCAUCCAACUCGUCCGCCGAGCACCGCACGCCCGCUUCCCAGAGCUCUCCCUCGCACGCCUCACUGCACUCGCCUCCACGUCGCGCGGCGAGGGGUGAGUCGCCCAGCGGGCGGCGCAGCCAAGACCCGCCGCAGUCGCACACCGCGGGAGAAGCGGUGCAAACCGAACGUCCAACGCCUCCGUGCCGUUCUCAUGGGUGA